CUCUAUCAAGUUAAAUGCUGGUACUGAUACUGGCUUCAUUUUUCCGCAACCCCUCCCAUCCAUUUUGUUUUGGCGUUACUUUAGCCAAACUUGCCGCUGUGACCAUCGACGAGAAUGAUGUAGAAACCUUCGUAACUAGCGGAGCUCUUGACAAGCUUCACAAGUCGCUCCAGCUGGAUAGUUUUUCUAUCUACCAUGACUCGGAUACUGGGCCGUGGACCCUGGAGAAACGGUGGGAUGAGAUGACAUCCAAAGAAUGGAGCGAGAUGUUUGAACCGAGCAUUAAAGGGAAAAUACAACACAAGUACCUGCUUCAUCCGGUUGCUGGCCUGAUGAAGUAUCACCGGUGUGGAAAGAGAGAGAAAAGGGAUUCUAAAACACCUUUUCAGAAGGCUUCUCUCGUUUUGGAUCAAGUGUCUAUUGCUGUGUCUGAGGAUCAAUAUCGGGAUGGUAUUCAACUGUUGGAGGGUGUUUCACGGUACAGGAUACGAAUGGAGUUCUCUCUCUUCAGACCUAUGAUACCCGUGUUGGUAGAUGCUAAGGCAUGGUGGCGCUAUGCUGGUCGUGCAGUAACGCAGCAGCAGAGAAAGUCAAGGUGUAACUUCUCUUGGGAAAAUCUGUCUCGAGCAUCAGGAUUACGAAAGAAAUAUGUGGAUCUUUAUGUUAGCGGGCUCCAGCAGGGCAAGUUUGACAAUUUUGAAAUAAGGCAAAUCGACCGGGAGCUAGACGUAGAAGUUAAUCUACUUUGGAGAAUGCUUGCCCAUGCAAAAGUUGAGACGGCAAAGUUAAAAGAGGCAGCCGCGGCCCGGGAAAAGUCCAGGAAAAGCACCUGGUGGCCAUUUGGCGGGAGCGGCGCUGGUCCAAGGGCCUCAGUUGCCCAAGGCCCUGAAACGGAAGCGGCCCCAGCGCAACUUACAAAGGAAGAAUGGAAUAAGAUUAACGAGCUUCUAAGCUAUCAACCGGGGCAAGACUAUCCGCUGCUUUCUACUCAAGAGCCACAGAACAUGCUGCAAACAAUGCUCGACGUGACCAUAAAACAGAGCUUGGCGUGCAUAAAAGACAGCACCGAUUUGGUCAUAUUAUGUGGGACUUUCUCCAAUUUAAACGUUUCUCUCAAGCUGUUCCCGAAAACGUUCUUCUGCGACACUAAGUUGACGUACUAUGGCCUUUCAUCUCCAGAGGGGCCUCUCGUUUCGAGCGUGAGUAGAGAGGGAAGAGCACAAGCGUUGGAUUUGACGUUUGUGUAUGUUCCUUUCGAAGAACAUUUGGAUUGGAAGCUGUCUGUCGCGAUGUCAUCAUGCUAUGUGACGGUUUGGAGAUCCAGUUUUGACAGGGUCAUGCACUUUAUGAAAUCUGGCCAAGCUAUGAGCCCGACAGUGGCUUUGGAAACUGCUGUCGCUUUGCAGACAAAGCUAGAAGAGGUAACGAGGCGUGCUCAAGAACGGAUACUAUCUCAACUAGAGAAACAGAGAAGGUUCUCUAUAGAUAUUGAUCUUGACGCUCCAAAAGUCUUAAUUCCUGCACUCAAAGAUGAAGGAAUUGGAAAGAAAAGCCAAUUGUUGGUAGACUUGGGACAUUUUAAUCUUCGAACACUGGGGAAUGACGACGUUGAGUUCCUGAAACGAAGUCGCUACACUAAACUUCAUGUAUCUGGACGGGAUAUAUCGGCUUUUCUUUGUUGAUGGUGAUUUCGAAUGGGCUCACUUUCCUGCGCUGGCCACAGAUGCUUGUGACAACGCAUAUUUAAUCUUUCCUGUACUUGACCGUUGUGGGAUGUCGAUUAUGCUACAUAUGGUGAUGCUAGUUACGACAUAGUUUGUGGCUAUUGACUUUAUGUUCCAGGCUCAAUAUGAAGAUUUGAAUUGGCCUUCAACAUGCGUUGCAAUUGAAGUUCCUCGCCUUGGUAUCCAUUUUUCUCCUACAAGAUACCUUAGGCUGCUCUAUCUUCUGCACGCUCUGGAGUCGGCUGACCGGUCCAGCUCCCAGCCGAACGCUUUAUCUUGGCAACCAUCAGAGGCAGCUGGAGAUGCACGAGUGCUUAAAUUGUUACUUUCCUCGCCCAUCAGCGUCUAAGCAUCACUCAUUCUGCAGGGAAUUGGUAAUAUUACUGCAGAAUGGCAGCCUUGUUGGAUUGCAUUGGCAGGGCCAUACCUGUACGUUCUAGAGGCAUAAGACUCAAAGAACAGCCCACAUCAAUGCAUAAGCUCUCCUCAAAGGACAGGAGGAAAGCCUCCUCUACCCUGGAAAUCCCAAGCUUUUUUGGAGAAUAUCACACUCUAGAGUCUCUACUGCAAUGAAAGGCCCAUGACAUAUUUGAAA